GUCCCGACCCGACAGCAGAACAUGAGGAGGUUCCUGAAGAGCCAAAAGGGCCGGUUCUCCCUGCGCCAGAGCAAGUCCGGCACGCGGUCUGCUUCCAAAGACUUCGUUCUCUCGAUGCCGCUGUCGAAUCACGGCUGGCCUGACGACUUCGGGUUCCGUCUGGGAGGGAGUGGGCCCAGCUACAUCCUCUCGGUGGAGGACGGCAGCAGCGCCCACAUGGCGGGCCUGCAGGCAGGAGACCAGGUCCUGGAGAUUGAGGGACAGGACGUCUCCUCCCUCAACCCCCAGGCCCUGGCAGCCCUGGCGCAGAAGCAGAAGAAUGUCCCGCCCAGCAUCGGCGUGGUGUCCCGCAUACAGCAGCUGGACAUCCCUCCUGGGCCUGACGGCCGAUUUGGCUUCACCAUCGUGGGAGACUGCCCCCUGCUGGUGGAGGACUGCCAGCCAAACUCGCAGGCGGGCCGGAGCGGGCUGCGGGCGGGGGACUUUGUGCUGGAGGUGAACGGGAUCCCCAUGAAGCAGCACGAGACGGCGGCGGCCAUGAUCAAGGCGGCGCAAGGCCGCACGCUGCGACUGGGCGUGCUGGGAAUGGGCCGGCGGCUCAAGCGCAGCGGCGGGGUGCAGGGGCCAGUCAGCCUGCAGAGCGGGGAUAGCGUGCGGCAGGACCGCAAGAACAAGGCCGUGGAGUUCAACAAGAAGAUUGAGCAGGUCCUGGGGUCUGAGCCGGAGGUGAAGGAGCAGCUGUUUGCUGCGCUGAAGCAGUACGCUGCUGAGAGGAAAGUGGACAUCCUGGCCUCUGCCCUCCCCGGCAUCCUGACCAAUGAGGAGCACCGACAGCUGCUCGAGGCCAUCAGGAUCUUCAUCCCGCGGAAGCACCGGGAGCGCUUCGACGAGGUGGUGGCGCAGAGCCUGGUGGGCCGGAUCCGUAAGGGGAAGAGCCUGAGCGAUCUGGGCCGGAACCGGCUGAGGAGGAGCCGCAGCGAGGGGAACCCGCAGCGCCUGCUGGUCUCCACCCGGGCCAGCUCCGUGCCCCGCACCGCCGGGGAGUCCGGCAUCGUCCCGCCAGCGCGAGGUCUCCGGAAAACAACAUCCCUCAUCGCCGGACACUCCUCUGCUCUGGCCCCUCCCGCCUCUGGCUGCAGGACGGUGCGAGUGUACAAGGGUAAUAAGAGUUUUGGCUUCACUCUGCGAGGCCACGCGCCAGUCUGGAUCGACUCGGUCAUACCAGGAAGCCCGGCAGACAAGGCUGGCCUGAAACCUGGAGACCGCAUCCUUUUUCUCAAUGGAUUGGACAUGCGGACAUGCCCCCAUGAGAAGGUGGUGUCAAUGCUGCAGGGCAGUGGUGCCAUGCCCACUCUGCUGGUGGAAGAUGGGUUGAUGGGCUUCCCCCUGGUGGAGAUGGAGCCAGCUGAGAGGCACGUCUCCCCAGCCGCAGCCAAGCGCUCCCCGGUGCUGACGUCCCUCCAAUGGGUGGCCGAGAUCCUCCCACCCAGCAUUCGCGUCAACGGCCUGACCUUCGCCCAGAUGCUGGAGCAUCUGCUCACCCACAGUGAGCGCUACGCCAUCUGCAAGGCCCUGCAGGCCUUCUUCCAGCAACGGAACUUGGACGCCCUCAUUGUGGAUGUUUUCCUGCUGCUGGAUACACCAGCCAAGCAGGUGAUCUGGCAGUUCGUCUACCAGCUGCUGACCUAUGAGGAGCAGGAGCAUUGCCAGAGCAAGAUCUCCCGCUUCCUGGGUUACCGGGCCACAGAGCCUGAGCCCGGCCCGGAGCCUCAGCGGCGCAGCAGCUCCAUGCGGGUCACUGGGACCGCCUACAGGAGCAGCGUGAGGGGGCGCAGCUCCGACGACUGCAUCAUCGGCACUCAUCUGGGCAAGGGAAUACACCAGGAGCCAGCAGAAGUGGGGAUGGGGAUGAGGCUGACCCCCGGGGAGAGGCAGUCUGGAGAUGGGACAUCCCUCCCAGAGACCCCAAACCUGACAAAUUUGUCAGCAGUGUAUGCAGAGUUAGAGGGUGUGUAUGCAGGGAAAAGAAAGUCAAAAUCUCUGAAGAUUCGUCCCAGCCCUGUCCCUGAUCCUGACCCCACCCUCGAUAACCUGGAACCUGAGGACCUGAUGCUCCCUGAAGCUUUGCACACUGAUACAGGUAGUCAAAUUUCGGGGUCCCCCAUGCCCUGGGAGGAGGAUCUGUCUGACCCUCACUACCAGUAUUACCCACAGAGUGGAGAACUGAACCCCUACAUCAGUUUGGACAGCCCCCCGCCCUCGCCCCCACCCCUGGAUUAUCCCCCCAGCCCCUCAUAUCGCCGCAAGAAGCGCUUCACCUUCUCCCGCCCGCCUCAAAGCCUCGACACUGACAAGUUCCUGGAUGCCCUGAGCGAGCAGCUGGGCCACCACAUCACCUCUGUCGAUGACUUCCUGUCUCCUGAGAAUGACUACGAGGAGAUGAGCUUCCAAGAUGAGGAUGAGGACGAGGAUGCGGUCUUCCUGUCACGUGACCUUAGCAGCCCAAGUGAGUGCCACAGCAGCAGUGCGGGUGGGGGGGGUGGAGACGCCAGCUCCCUCACCUACUCCUCCAGCUCUGAGCACAUCCCUCCGCCCCCUCAGACCCCUCCUCCUCCUCCGCCCUUCAUGUUCAACGACCCUCCCCUUCCCCUUAGCAUCCUCCCUCCUGAGCCCAAGCACCCUCAGAGAAUGCACCUGCCGUACCAGCGGCGCCACCCCCACCCAGUCCCGCCCCCUCCCCCACCUCCCAAUCCCCCACCACCUCCGCCCCUCCCACCAUGUGAAGCGCCACCCUUGCCCGGCCCUGCCAACACGGACUCAAACCACAUGAAUGUUAAGCGUCUGCGCUGGGAGCAGGUGGAGAACUCUGAGGGUACUAUCUGGGGACAGCUGGGUGAGGACUCUGAUUAUGAAAAGCUGAGUGAUAUGGUGAAGUACCUGGACCUUGAGCUCCACUUUGGAACACAGAAAAGUACCAAGCCAACAGCCCCCCAGCUCGAGACUUUCAAAAAGAAAGAUGUGGUCGAGAUCCUCUCACACAAAAAAGCCUACAACACUUCCAUCCUGAUUGCGCACCUGAAGCUGUCCCCCGCGGAGCUGCGGCAGGCGCUGAUGAGCAUGAGCGUGGAGCGCCUGGAGCCCGCCCACCUGAAGCAGCUGCUCCUGUACUCGCCUGACGAGGACGAGGUCAAGCAGUACGAGCAGCACCGCCAGGAGCCACACAAACUCAGCGAGCCCGACCAGUUCGUCCUGCAGAUGCUGUCUGUGCCGGAGUAUAAAACUCGGCUGCGGAGCCUGCACUAUAAGAUCACUCUGCAGGAGAAGCUGGAGGAGAUGAAGGCCGGCUACGAGUGCAUCUACAAUGCCUCCCUGGAGCUUCAGACCAGUAAGAAACUGGCCAAGAUUCUGGAGUUUGUUCUGGCCAUGGGCAAUUAUCUCAACAACGGUCAGCCGAAGACCAACAAGACCACAAGCUUCAAAAUAAACUUCCUCACUGAGCUCAGCACCACGAAAACAGUGGAUGGGAAGUCCACUUUCCUGCACAUCCUCAUCAAAUCCCUAAGCCAACAUUUUCCCAAUGUUCUGGGUUUUGCCAAGGAUCUGACAACUGUAUCACUUGCUGCUAAAGUAAAUCAUAAAGCCAUCACCACAGACCUGAACGAUCUGCAGGCCACCAUCCGUGACAUCAGAGCUGCCUGUCAGACGAUGCCAGCCACGGCCGAGGAUCACUUCGCUCCUGUGAUGAGCGGCUUCCUGGAGAACACACACCCGGCCGUGCAGGCCCUGGAGUCUCUGCAGCAGAGUGCCAUGGGAGAGUUCUGCAAGGCCGCCUCCUUCUUCGGAGAGGACAGCAAGACCACCACCACCGAGAGCUUCUUCGGGAUCUUCACCGAAUUCAUCGGCAAGUUUGAGAGGGCGCUGAAUGAGAUCCAGGUCCCAGAGCACCCCAGGAGCCCACGGAGCCCCAGACUGGCCUCUCCCUCUCCGAUGGCCUGGUGAGUCCACCCGACCGUACCCCUGUACCCCGCCAAGGACCGCAACAGGACCAGGUCACUAUGAGGUACAGAUACGACCCAACAGAGCCACAGCAGGACCUGAUCAUUGAACACUCAAACAACCCAACAGGCCACGAGUUGAAUCAAACAUCACUCUGAAACUCGGAGAUAGCGACCCAAAUGAAGCAAAACAGAACCAGUGCAGUCUCAGAGAACAACCCAUUGGGCUGCAAUUGGACCAGGUCACCAAUAAACAGAGAAAACGUUCACUGUGGAUGCUUUUUUUUUUCACAUGAACAUGGUCAAUGGGAACAAUGGAAAUGUCAAUAUCAAUAACAAAGGAACUUGCAUCAAUAAUUUGGGGUAUGCCUUUGAAAUACUACAUAACUGUGUUUUAUUUAACAUGGAAAGGUAAGCUUAACAGCAAGAAAUGUACAGUAAGUACCUGUAAUCUGGACAAAAUAAUUUGGAGCCAGACAUGGAACUGACAGUUAUGAGGGGAAUUACCUGCCGGCCCAAUCUGAACUGCAUGAAUAUUAAUCUAAAGAUUAAACAUCUGCACUGAUCUGGCAGCAUGGCUCACUCUUUUUUGACUUGAAGACAAAUUCACAGACACUUUGUAAAGUCAUUAUUAAUUCAAUAUAAGGUACCUGUUAGACAGUGAGAAAUGCUUUGUCCAUGUUCUUUAUAACUUGAAUGUCGAUAGAAUUUCAGCCUAUGUCUUGAACUGUGUGACAAAUGAACGUUACAUGCAUUGUGGCUCAGUCUUUUUUUAGGACAUGACGUGUCAAUCAUGGCUGAAUUGACAGUUUGUGUUGGGGCCUUGAUAUCAUUCAUUUUGGAUUGGUGAAUGAACGGGUUGUAAAAAGGGUGAAUUGCAAUCUUGAUUGAAUGAAAUUACUCAAGCUGCUUCUAGGAUGGUUAGUGUGUAAUUUGUGCAUUUGUGGAGGGUCAGAAUUUUUUUGGGGGUAGAUGGGGGUGGUUUAAUCUGAGAAGGGCUGAUGCAAUAUGACGACAUUACAGUAUUACAUUACACAUGCAUUGUGUGAAAUAAAGACUAAAUAAUUACAAUUACAUACAUUGUAAACCACUACUCUGAAUGUAUAAGCUCGGUGCUUAUUGUAGAAGCUAUAUGAAUUGUUAUGUUUCAUGUACCUAGUCCUAGUAAAAGGCUAUCUCUCCUGAUGUAAGUUUUUAUAUUUACAGUGUAAACAGAAGCAAUGUGUGAAUAUUUAGCUGAAGUACACAUUUAAUCAUGAUUGGUUAAAUAUUCGGUCAAAUCAUGAAUAGGAUAAUAUAUAGUAGGCUAUUGUUCUCAUAUAUUAUUAUUUCUGUUAAAUGGGAGCAAAUGCAAAUGGGUGCUUUAGAAAUCCAAGAGUGGUACAGUUACGUGAGUACACAUAGGAUUUCUUUGGUCAGAUUCCGCAUGUGGCUUUGGGAUCGGUGAUGGCUGAAGAUAAUGUAGCCCCAAAAUAGAUUCAGGGCCUAAAUUGGGCCCAAUUCCUACAGUACCUCCACUAGUCAGAGAUUAUGUCUGUCAUGUGUUAUGGCCACAAACAGGGCAUUGCUCUUCCAGCCUAUGCGCUGCCUCAUACAGUAUUCCUGACUUGCUGUUGCACACUUUUCUGUCAUGGCCACAUGGGGGUGCUGCUCUUGUGUCGAUACAAAUGGAUAAUGAAGGGCAGAAUAGUGCCUACUGCUACUUGUGUGUCUGCUUUAGCACACAGGUAGCCUACUGUCUACCCUUGAUAAUAUGUCCGCUUGCCCAUACCCCCACCUUAGUCCAUAAACAUUUAGUGUAAAAUAUCUAUUCUGGUCCAGGACCAGUUGCUAAGAGCAAACCAAACACACCAGAAAAGGCAGCCCCUCAUGAGAAUGUUUGUGGAUGACACAUCGACCAAAGGCCAGCAUUUAAAAUUGUUAUUGGUAGCAUCAGUGUGCAAGUGAAUUAAAAAAGUAUUGUUGCCUCUUUUGUUCUAUUAUAACCAUUAUGUUGAAUUCCUAAUUAUGUAAAUGUGUGCAUGUGUAAGAAUAUAGACUGAACACAUAUUUUGUGGUGUAUGUAUCGAGGAGACUAUUUAAUAUUGAACAAUUUAUGAAUUUAUGAAUUUAUUAUGCAUAUAGUUUAUUUUAAGGUGACCGUGUUGGCUUUGCCAGGCCCUUACCUCCCCACCGUAAAUGUGUUUGUGGUUCAUUGUAAUGCUGCUCUGUUUUGGUCGGUAGCAAUACAUCUGUUUUGUAAGGUGAACACUGUACAGACAUACUGACAGCGAAUGCUGGCAGAAAUAAAUGCGUCUUUGGAGUCAGA